AUGCGGUUUAUUCGUCUAUACAACAUAUCGCAUCAUCCUCUAAACUAUCACACGUACUUGUCGAGGAUAAAAAAGUUGCCCAAAGUAUACCACGAAAGUACAACACCGAUAAAACAACAACUACUACUAGAUUUAGUCAAGGCUAAUCGCACCCUACAACGAACUAACACCCUGCCAAAUUAUGCUCCUACUAGACUAAACUUGGAACUAUCCACGCCUACUAAUGCAAAGCUUGAAUCUGGCUUGAAAAAGUUGUUGUUUCAUGACUUUCGCAGGGAUGCACUUGAUGAUGUGCAAGUAGUCAAGGAGUACUUGCUAACUGAACCGAAACCGAGUAACGUCCAAGACUUGAUUGAGAUCACCAGUGACAGUUUUCGCAAUCAGCUAACUCACAAGAAAGAUGUAGAUACUUCCAUAGUGUAUAUCACCCUCAGUCGAAUACUAGACCAGAACGACUACUUUAAUGGGUUUAAUUUGAUUGACAAGACUGUCAACUCCGACCUAUACUUGGACUACAGAAAAUCCAGACUCAUGAAACUAGUAGUAUCAGCAACACUAGCAAACAUUGGCGUACUCGCUCUACAAUCGACACUACUACCAGACAUACCACUACUCGCGUGGAUGUUACUAAACAUAUCAUCCACAGCACUAGUGUCUAGCAUGGCCAACUUGAAAAUAUCCAAUCUUGGCCGAAUAAAAUUUCGGUUCUACAAUUCACAACUCUACAAUUACUUACACAAACAUGAAUUAAUAACUACCAACAAGAUCAUAACCCAUUUGGAAGAAUUCAACGAGACAAACCUAAUCAACUUCCAUUACUCAAAAGUGCGACCAGAACCAAAUUUAAAGACAUUUACCGUGGAUAACUACAUCGUGGAACUCCCUGAUGCCGUAGUGGAAACCAACGCCCAUCCAUGGACGCAUUUACCCAAUGAGGAAAUAUCCAACAUUCAAAAGUUCUUCAAGAGUGAACUCAACAAACGAAGAAUGGUAUUAUGCGAUUUGAAUCUGGAGCUACUCUUUCUUGAGUAUUGGAAAAAUCACGGCGAGGGGUUUGCCUGGGUUGAGCCCGAUCAGGACCCGGGCGAGAUCAUAAAACUAAAAAUUAAGCAGAUGUAA